UUCUCUCUCUCUCCGGAGAGACACGUCAUAUAGUGAGCUCACAUUACUGUUUCGUGUGGUAUUUAAAGAGUGCGUCCUCAUUGCUUGGCAGAGCGGAGAGCCUACUGACAUCCGAGCCGGGAGCGUGCGUGUGUGUACCGGCCUGCAAUUGAAGCACUCCGCCGUCCGGAGGUCUAAGGUGGGCGGAGACUUGAGAUCGAGGUCCUCCUGUGUGCAGAUAGAGACACACCGUACAUUUGUGAGACGGCACCCGCACACCGGUCCGAGGAGGAAAGAUCAUGGCAACGACUACUUGCACACGUUUUACAGAUGAAUACCAGCUGUACGAGGAGCUUGGCAAGGGGGCCUUUUCAGUGGUGCGUCGCUGUGUCAAACUUUGUACAGGCCAAGAGUAUGCAGCCAAAAUCAUCAAUACCAAAAAGCUCUCGGCCAGAGACCAUCAGAAACUGGAGCGGGAAGCCAGGAUCUGCAGAUUGCUAAAGCAUCCCAACAUUGUUCGUCUUCAUGACAGUAUCUCUGAGGAAGGCUUCCACUAUCUCCUCUUUGACCUAGUGACAGGAGGGGAGUUGUUUGAGGAUAUUGUGGCUCGAGAAUACUACAGUGAAGCAGAUGCGAGUCAUUGCAUCCAGCAGAUCCUGGAGGCCGUGCUCCACUGCCAUCAGAUGGGUGUGGUUCACAGAGAUCUCAAGCCAGAAAACCUGCUGCUGGCCAGCAAAUGUAAGAACGCAGCAGUCAAGUUGGCUGAUUUUGGACUGGCCAUUGAAGUACAAGGAGACCAACAGGCUUGGUUUGGCUUUGCGGGUACUCCCGGCUACUUGUCUCCAGAAGUGCUGAGGAAAGAAGCAUAUGGUAAACCUGUAGACAUCUGGGCAUGUGGUGUGAUCCUCUACAUCCUUUUGGUUGGGUACCCUCCGUUCUGGGACGAGGACCAACACAAACUCUACCAACAGAUCAAAGCUGGAGCAUAUGAUUUUCCCUCCCCAGAGUGGGACACAGUGACUCCCGAGGCUAAAAAUCUGAUCAACCAGAUGCUUACUAUUAAUCCAGCCAAGAGAAUCACUGCCCAGGAGGCUCUGAAGCACCCAUGGGUCUGCCAACGCUCAACGGUGGCCUCAAUGAUGCACAGACAGGAGACCGUCGAGUGCCUGAAGAAAUUUAAUGCCAGGAGGAAACUCAAGGGUGCCAUUCUUACUACCAUGCUUGUCUCCAGGAACUUCUCUGUGGGCCGUCAGACUACGGCCCCUGCUGCUGUCAGCGCUGUAGCAGGAACCACAGCUGGCAUCGUGGAACAAGCAGCCAAGAGUCUCCUCAACAAGAAGGCUGAUGUCAAGCCUCAAACAAACAGCACGAGAAACAGCAUAGUCACCAGUCCCAAAGGCAACAUCCCCUCUGCUGCACUGGAACCUCAGACUACUGUUAUCCAUAAUCCAGUAGAUGGGAUCAAGGAAUCAUCUGAUAGCAGCAACACAACUAUUGAGGAUGAAGAUGUGAAAGGUAGGCCACAUACAUGCAAAGACUGACUUUAUUAAAAAUCUCAUAGCAAUACAAGACCCCCUUUUACUCUUAAACAGCGUCUUUGUGUAGCACAUCACAAAAUCUAUGUAGUUAUUGUAUCAAAUAUUCAUUUUAUGUUGAAGAUUUAAACAUCUAAAAUUAUGGAAUUUCCUCACUUAUAUCAUUUCGACUGAAGAAGUGUAGUUCAAUUACCUUGGAGAAUAAAUUAGCAAUUAGAGUCACAGGAACCCAUGAUACAAUAAUAUGUCAAUAAGGGAUUUUGAUACAUUAAAAGGCAAUGUAUCAAUCACAUAACUCAUCACCCUGGUAUUUGUGUUUCUAUAUAUAUUUGUCAUUUGUCUUUUUUUUUAUUUGUUUUUUGUUGUGUAGUUGUAGCCUCUCAUAUUUAUAUUGUGAAACAAAAAACAAGGAGCACAAGAGUCCAGAUCAAACCAAAAACAGGUCAACACAAAACAAGACUAUUCAUGAGUCCACAGUAAAGUCUGGGGGUUGACCCGAAGGUCGACAACACAAGAGCCAAAACAGUUCAGGGGGCCGACCGUGCAUGUUAGGCUCCCCUAACAUAGUCAUUCCCUAAACUCGUGGUGCUUGACUCAGUAACUCCAGGUUUAGAAACAACAGCGUGAACACAGUCAUUAACCCUGAAUGUGGGCUCAGUAAAGGCAGUCUUUGGAACAGUGGCCAUGGGUGAGACGGAAAAAUUAUUGUUAUAUUCAGAAGACACACAAAAAAUAGCUCCAGAAAACACAGUCACAGAGUCUGACGCAGCAGAAAAACUGUCCCUUUCACUCACCACAGCCGACUGCUU